AUGUUCCGCGCUCGGCCAAAUCUCGUCCGUCCGUCUGAAGUCUCGGCCAAAGUCCAAAACCGUCGGCCGCGCGCAAGUCACGACCCGGGAAACAUUGCCCGCGGUCGGCCACGCCACGCCACGACCGCGCACGACCAAACCGCGCGAGCCGGGAAACGCCUCGCGGCCGCGCAACUCAUCCGCGUACCAGCACGACGCGCCGUCCGAGCCGGGAAACUACGUCCCACGUCCGGCCGAGAUUUCAUCGGCCAAUUCACCCGUCCGACCACAGCGGCCGACCACGCAUCCGUCCGACCCCGACCGUUCCGACUCGGCCACAUACCCGAUUGUCCGGCCGAUCGUCCCGCACGACCGUCCCAACGCCGCGGUCGACCCGAAGCCCUUUUUGAAGCCCAAACUUAUGUUUUCAAGCCCGGCUUAACCCUAGCCGCCUCUAGAAAGACCUAG